AUGUUCAACAAAGCUGAUUUCACCACGCAGAAGAGCAGUGUCGUUGGUUUGAAAGAUGGAGAAGUAGAAAGGGAUUCCUACCUUAGGUCGCCAAGUUUACAGUUAAUAAUAUUAACUUUCCGCUGUUUCAAUAGCGCAGGGAUUGAUAAACAGCCGUCACAAAUGGCCUCCACAUCAACAAAUCUUGGGCGUCGUGGUGCACACCGCCAAAGACAAAACAGACGUACUCGGAACUCUAGCAUUGUUGUUAAUGUAGAUGACGAUGUUUCAACACCAAUAGCCACCUGUAUUGAUUUAACAGAAGACACACCAACUACGGGUGUAAUUGAUCUGACCAGGGGAGGCAAUAUAACUGUAAUGGACUCUCCAGUUGUGGUUCUGACACCAGCAGAUGGCAUUGGUCCAAUGAGGAGAAUACGAGGAAGUGGAAGACGAGGCAGACACAGAAGCAGCUCCAGACGUAGCAUUCAUGCAGAACUUUUCCCUUCGGGAGAUGGCCGCACACCACUAAGAUCAUCUUACGUUCUGUCAUCAGAAGACAGCGAUUCAGAUGAGUUGCCUGAUACACCAAUUAUGAUCUCAGAAUCAAAUGUGGCAGCCAAUGAAACUAUCAUGCGAUCCCCAGAAGGAGUGAAGAUUUCCUGCCCAGUCUGUUUAGAUGACACAAAGCAGAUUCAGCGGAGUGGAAAAAUUGUUAUGUCAACGACUUGCGGCCACAUAUUCUGCGAUCAGUGCAUCAAAGCAGCAAUUACUGCCCAACAUGCUUGUCCAACUUGUAGGAAGAAGCUGUACCAGCGCAACAUACAUCCUUUGUUUAUUUAA